AUGGCAGGCAAGAAGGUUACCUCGACACACUUCAGAUGUGCCCCAACAAAGAAACAACCAAAGAGCCCAAAAUAUGCUCGCUGCAUCAAGUCCAACAGAAUCAAAUUGGAUGAAUUUGCCGUCAUUAAAUUCCCAUUGAGCACUGAGACUGCUUUGAAAAUGAUCGAAGAUCACAACACUAUCGUUUUCUUGUGCGACCAGAGAGCAAACAAGGCUACUAUCAAGAGAGCUGUAGAGAAGAGAUAUCAAACUAAAGUUGUUAAGAUCAACACCCUCGUCAGACUCGACGGACUUAAAAAGGCGUUUGUCAGACUCGCUCCUAAUGUCGAGGCUAUGGAGGUCGCUACUAAGAUUGGACUCUUCUAA